CAUCUUCGCAGUAUUAGCGAUGACAAUUCUCUGAAAACAACAACACAGCAUCUUCGUAGUGUUAGCAAUGGCAGUUUUCUCGAAAGUCCUUACCAAAAUUGACGUAGAGAGAAGGCUGUCGCUCACAGCAGAUGAUGACGAGGCGGCGUUGCCACCGUCCUUCAGAGAACAGCCCGUGCUUUUGCAGGUGAAGGAUGAGGAUGGAAGUCUGUGGAGCUUCCGGCGGUGUACAAUAUUAAUUAGACCUGGGAUUCGUCCCAAACUGUUAAUUGACGAUUCGCGUCAGUUUGUUCGUACUCGAGGUCUGAACACUGGCGAUGAGAUUAAUCUUUUCUGGGAAGAUGAUAGAACUUCCGGCCGACCUGAUCAUCAGCACAAGAUUGAAGUGAUCAGGAAGAAUCGUGUUUCGAAUUGAUGUAUAUAAACCAACUGAGAAAUGCAAUUUCUUUUUUCAUUUUUCUUUUUUAUUUGCAGCAAGUACAUUUGUAUUGGCCAUGGGUAAUUAACUUCUGCAAAUAUU